UGUAAUGAGAGUGGCAAAGCCUUUAAUUGUAGCUCACUCUUAAGGAAACAUCAGAUAAUCCAUUUAGGAGAGAAACAAUAUGAAUGUGAUGUGUGUGGCAAGGUCUUUAAUCAGAAACGAUACAUUGAACGCCAUCGUAGAUGUCACACUGGUGAGAAACCUUACAAGUGUAAUGAAUGUGGCAAGAGCUUCUGUCACAUGUCGUAUCUUGUAUGCCAUCUUAGACUUCAUACUGGAGAGAAACCUUACAAAUGUAAUGAGUGUGGCAAGACAUUCCAUCAAAGUUCAGGCCUUCUAUUUCAUAAGAAAAUUCACACUGGAGAGAAACCUUACAAAUGUAAUGAAUGUGGCAAGGUUUUUAAUCAAAAAUCACACCUUACACGUCAUCAUAGACGUCAUACUGGAGAAAAACCUUACAGAUGUGAAGAAUGUGACAAAGUUUACACUCGCAAAUCAUACCUUGAAGUACACAGGAGAAGUCAUACUGGAGAGAAACCAUAGAUAUGUAACUUUUGUGACAAGGCUUUUGGGUGUGCUUCACAUCCGGCAAGACAUACUAGAAUCCACACUGGAGAAAAACCUUACAAGUGUCAUGAGUGUGGCCAAACCUUUAGUGGACAGUCAGCACUUAUUCAUCAUCAAGCAAUCCAUGGGUCUAUUGACAUUCAGGGACGUGGCUAUAGAAUUCUCUCAGGAGGAGUGGAAAUGCCUGGACCCUGCUCAGAAGACUUUACACAGGGACGUGAUGCUGGAGAACUACAGGAAUCUGCUCUCCCUGGAUAUCUCUUCCAAAUGCAUGAUGAAGGAGUUCUCAUCGACGGAGGAAGGCCAUACAGAAGUGUUCCACACAGGGACAUUGCAAAGACAUGAAAGUCAUCACACUGGAGAUUUUUGCUUCCAGAAAACUGAGAAAAACAUUCAUGACUUUGAGUUUCAGAGGCAAAAGGAUGAAAGAAACAGUCCUGAAGUACCCAUGACAAAAAUCAAAAAGUUGACUGGUAGUAAAGACCAAUAUGAUGACAGGCAUUCUGGAACCAAGCCUGUUGAAGAUCAGGGUCUAUUGACAUUCAGGGAUGUGGCUAUAGAAUUCUCUCAGGAGGAGUGGAAAUGCCUGGACCCUGCUCAGAAGACUUUACACAGGGACGUGAUGUUGGAGAACUACAGGAAUCUGCUCUCCCUGGAUAUCUCUUCCAAAUGCAUGAUGAAGGAGUUCUCAUCGACGGAGGAAGGCCAUACAGAAGUGUUCCACACAGGGACAUUGCAAAGACAUGAAAGUCAUCACACUGGAGAUUUUUGCUUCCAGAAAACUGAGAAAAAUAUUCAUGACUUUGAGUUUCAGUGGCAAAAGGAUGAAAGAAACAGUCGUGAAGUACCCAUGACAAAAAUCAAAAAGUUGACUGGUAGUAAAGACCAAUAUGAUGACAGGCAUUCUGGAACCAAGCCUGUUGAAGAUCAGGUUGGAUUAAGCUUUCAUUCACCUCUGUCUAACCUGCACGUAUUUCAUAAUGAGGGGAACAUUGAUAAUCAACUAGAGAAGUCGAUAAAUGACGUUUCCUUAGUUUCAACUUCCCCAAGAAUUUUUUGUAGGCCCAAAACCCAUAUUUCUAAUUACUGUAGGAAUAAUUUGCUUCAUUCAUUACUGACAGAAAGAGAGGAGGUACACGUGAGAGAAAAAUCUUUGCAAUGUAAUGAGAGUGGCAAAGCCUUUAAUUGUAGCUCGCUCUUAAGGAAACAUCAGAUAAUCCAUUUAGGAGAGAAACAAUAUGAAUGUGAUGUGUCUGGCAAGGUCUUUAAUCAGAAGAGAUACAUCGAACGCCAUCGUAGAUGUCACACUGGUGAGAAACCUUACAAGUGUAAUGAAUGUGGCAAGAGCUUCUGUCACAUGUCGUAUCUUGUAUGCCAUCGUAGACUUCAUACUGGAGAGAAACCUUACAAAUGUAAUGAGUGUGCCAAGACAUUCCAUCAAAGUUCAGGCCUUCUAUUUCAUAAGAAAAUUCAUACUGGAGAGAAACCUUACAAAUGUAAUGAAUGUGGCAAGGUUUUUAAUCAAAAAUCACACCUUACACGUCAUCAUAGACGUCAUACUGGAGAGAAACCUUACAGAUGUGAAGAAUGUGACAAAGUUUACACUCGCAAAUCAUACCUUGAAGUACACAGGAGAAGUCAUACUGUAGAGAAACCAUAGAAAUGUAACUUUUGUGA